ACUUCCUGUUUCUUUAAGGGAACGUGGCUUUUCCCUGCAGCGCCUGUCUUCCGGUCUGCGUCUCUGCUGCGGCGGCCGGAGCUGGAGUCGGACCCCGAGCGCAGCGUCGCCAUGGACUCGGCCCUCAGCGACCCGCACAACGGCAGCGCCGAGGCGGGCGGCGCAGCCAACGGCACGGCGCGGCCGCCUUCCACGCCCGAGGGCAUCGCGCUGGCCUACGGCAGCCUCCUGCUCAUGGCGCUGCUGCCCAUCUUCUUCGGCGCCCUUCGCUCCGUGCGCUGCGCCCGCGGCAAGAACGCCUCGGACAUGCCUGAGACUAUCACCAGCCGGGACGCCGCCCGGUUCCCCAUCAUCGCCAGCUGCACGCUUUUGGGGCUCUAUCUCUUUUUCAAAGUUUAUUUUCCCAAUAAAAGUUACACAGGCUCAGUGUUGAAAACCUGGAAAACACAGAAAAGUAAAAAGGGGAAAACAGCAGUCAUCCAAAACCCCACCACCAGAGACAAUCACAGAUUCCCUUUGGAGAUAUUUUCCCAGGAGUACAUCAACCUCUUGCUGUCCAUGUAUUUCUUCGUGCUGGGGAUCCUGGCCCUGUCCCACACCAUCAGCCCCUUCAUGAAUAAGUUUUUUCCAGCCAACUUCCCGAAUCGACAGUACCAGCUUCUCUUCACACAGGGCUCUGGGGAGAACAAGGAAGGUGGGAGGGGCAGCCCCGCCCCGGGGAGUGGACUUACCCGGCCUCUCUGCCCAGAGAUCAUCAAUUAUGAGUUUGACGCCAAGGACCUGGUGUGCCUGGGCCUGAGCAGCAUUGUGGGCGUCUGGUACCUGCUGAGGAAGCACUGGAUUGCCAACAACCUCUUCGGCCUGGCCUUCUCCCUUAACGGGGUGGAGCUCCUACACCUGAACAAUGUCAGCACCGGCUGCAUCCUGCUGGGCGGACUCUUCAUCUACGAUGUCUUCUGGGUAUUUGGCACCAACGUGAUGGUGACAGUGGCCAAGUCCUUUGAGGCACCAAUAAAACUGGUGUUUCCCCAGGACCUGCUGGAGAAGGGCCUCGAGGCAGACAACUUUGCCAUGCUGGGACUUGGAGAUAUCGUCAUUCCAGGGAUCUUCAUUGCUUUGCUGCUACGUUUUGACAUCAGCUUAAAGAAGAACACCCACACGUACUUCUACACCAGCUUCGCGGCUUACAUCUUCGGCCUGGGCCUUACCAUCUUCAUCAUGCACAUCUUCAAGCACGCUCAGCCUGCCCUUCUAUACCUGGUCCCCGCCUGCAUCGGCUUUCCCGUCCUGGUGGCACUGGCCAAGGGAGAAGUGACAGAGAUGUUCAGUUAUGAAGAGUCAAAUCCUAAGGAUCCAGCAGCAGUGACAGAGGGAUCCAAAGAGGGAACAGAGGCCUCGGCAUCGAAGGGGCUGGAGAAGAAGGAGAAAUGAUGCGGCUGGUGCCUGACCCUCUGAGGGCCAGGCCAGGCAGGCGGGGACGGACCAGCAUAGGCCUGCACGGGCAGAGGGCGCAGGAGGCCUGGCAGCUCCGGGAGAGGGGCGGGGGCAGCAGGAUCCCUCCAGCAGGGCCUCCCAUGGCCUGAUUCCCUCUUCCCCCUUCUCCGGCCUUCUUCUGCCCCUUCACCUCCCCUGCAGGCAAAGGAAGCCCCCAAACUCCCCCACCCUCCCAGAGGCCAGGUGGGAAAAGUGGGUCUGAUUUUUAGACUUUUGUAUUGUGGACUGACUUUGCCUUACAUUAAAAAUUCAUCCCAUUGCCCGGGCAGGCCACUGUGCCCCUGGAGGGGUUCUCUGCA